GCGGGGGGCUGCGGGGCGGGGCCGGGCGCCCUUCUUCCCGCGCCGCCGCUCGGCCCGGAGCAGAGCGCAGGCACCGCGAGCGCAGCGCCCGAGCUCCCGCCGGCCAGGCCAGACUCCUGACUGUCAAGUGAGAGCCAGUGUCAUGGAGGCUCCCCUGCAGACCGAGAUGGUGGAGCUGGUGCCGAACGGCAAGCACUUGGAGGGGCCGCUCCCAGCCACCACCCCCACAGCCUGCAGCCAGAGGGUCGAGGCCCCCAGUCGGAGCUUCGUGGAAGAUGAGGACUUCCUCCAGAAAAGCCCCAGCAAAGAGCCGCACUUCACCGAUUUUGAGGGGAAGACCUCAUUUGGGAUGUCAGUGUUCAACCUCAGCAAUGCCAUCAUGGGCAGUGGCAUCCUGGGGCUUGCCUACGCCAUGGCCAACACGGGCAUCAUCCUUUUCCUGUUCCUUCUGACGGCCGUUGCCCUGCUCUCCAGUUACUCCAUCCACCUGCUACUCAAGUCCUCAGGGAUCGUGGGCAUCCGAGCCUAUGAGCAGCUGGGCUACCGGGCCUUUGGGACACCAGGAAAGCUGGCAGCAGCCCUGGCCAUCACACUGCAGAAUAUUGGAGCCAUGUCCAGCUACCUGUACAUCAUCAAGUCUGAGCUGCCACUGGUCAUACAGACCUUCCUGAACCUGGAGGAGCAAACCUCGGCCUGGUACAUGAAUGGAAACUACCUGGUGAUCUUGGUCUCUGUCAUCGUGAUUCUCCCCUUGGCACUGAUGCGGCAGCUCGGCUACCUGGGCUACUCCAGCGGCUUCUCUCUCAGCUGCAUGGUGUUCUUCCUCAUCGCGGUCAUCUACAAAAAGUUCUAUGUGCCCUGCCCACUGCCCCUCCACUCUGCCAACAUCACGGGCAACUCCAGCCACCUGGGGGUCAUCAAGGAGGAGGCAUCACUGCAGGACCCUGCUGAGGCUGAGGCUGCCUGCAUCCCAAACUACUUCACACUCAACAUACAGACGGCAUACACCAUUCCCAUCAUGGCCUUCGCCUUCGUCUGCCACCCUGAGGUGCUGCCCAUCUACACAGAGCUCAAGGACCCCACCAAGAAGAAGAUGCAGCAGAUCUCCAACCUGUCCAUCGCCGUCAUGUACAUCAUGUACUUCCUGGCCGCGCUCUUCGGUUACCUCACCUUCUACGACGGGGUGGAGUCAGAGCUGCUGCACACCUACAGCAAGGUGGACCCCUUUGACGUGCUGAUUCUGUGCGUGCGUGUGGCCGUGCUGACGGCCGUCACGCUCACGGUGCCCAUCGUCCUGUUUCCGGUGCGCCGUGCCAUCCAACAGAUGCUGUUUGCCAACAAGGAGUUCAGCUGGCUGCGCCACGCACUCAUCGCCAUCACGCUGCUCACGGGCAUCAACCUGCUGGUCAUCUUUGCCCCCAACAUCCUGGGCAUCUUCGGGGUCAUCGGUGCCACUUCUGCCCCCUGCCUCAUCUUCAUCUUCCCUGCCACCUUCUACUUCCGAAUCGUGCCCACUGAGAAGGAACCCGUGAAGUCCACCCCCAAAAUCCUGGCCCUUUGUUUCGCUGUCCUUGGCUUCUUGCUAAUGACCAUGAGCUUGAGCUUCAUCAUCAUUGACUGGGCCUCAGGGACCGGCCGGCAAGGAGGAAGCCACUAGGAUGAUGAGCCCCGUCCUGUCCCGGCACUGAACCUCACCCCUGCCCAGACUCUGAGUCCCUGCAACACGUGACCGUUCAGAGGGGGGAGAAGUCGUGGUUGACUCUACGGCCUUUGGCUCUGCCACACAGCCUCUCUGGGGAAGGUUUCUGCCCCAGCCUGGGGCCACGACUCGGCUGGGCCCCCUGGUUCCAGGGACUCUCUGAGCUGCGAGCAGGGUGGGGCUAGACCCCCGCUUCAAUCCUGCCGUCCAAGCUCCUUCUCUAUGCACAGCUGCACAUACUGAAGCCCAGCCAUGACCUGUGAGGUCACCAGCCUGGGGGCACACAGAGCUGGAGCUCAGGCCUGAAGCCAUUUCCCACCUUGCUGCAAGGUGGUGGUCCAUACCCUCACCCCCCGGCUCUCCCUACUCUGUCCUGGAUGCCCCUUUCAGCACUUGGCCCCUCCAUAUCUCCACCGGGAGCAUACCCACCCCAUCUCCCAUACCUAAAGCCAUCGGGUUCCUGUGAGGGGAGAGGCUGCUGUGGGCACCCCUAGUGGACCCCUGCCCAGUCCCUUCACCAGUCCUGGGGAGGCUGGGCCUCCCCAGCCCCAAGUCUGGGCCAGAGCUCACAUUCCAUUGCUAGGAGAAGAGAGGCCAAGAGCCUCUGCCCCUGGGAGCCAAAGACCCCAGGCCAACCUGGGCGGGGCUGGAGAGGCUGGUACCCCCCUUUUAUAAAUAUCACACAAAAGAC